UGUCAGCUGGAAAAGGAAAAACAGACCAAGAAAAAACACUGGGAGGAGAGAAAGAAACAGAGAGAGAGAGAGAGAGAAAGACCUCAGGUCGGAGAUAAACAAUGUCAGAGAGACGCGGGGCGAGUGGAGAGGCUGUAACCGGCCGUGAGGAACGUGGAGUCAGUGGGAGAUUUACGGGGUAGGGAGGAGGAAUGGUGCCAUGGCAACAGACAGGGUCUAAGGGCACGUGGAGGAGGCGUGAGACAGGGAACCGGCAGGGUCACCUGGACGAGGAGCAGGGAGCAAGGAACCGGGCCGGGUGGUACUGGGACGGAGACACUGACCUCAGAGAGCCUCAGUCGUAAGAAGCGGAAAACGGUGAAAGAGACGAGUCAGUGAGAGAAAGGGGGCAGGCGCAGGGAGGGAGGGAGACACACCAAAAAAGGGCUCAAGCCAGAGCUGGGGACGCCGCGAGUCAGACAGAGACGGCAGUGAAGCGAGGGAGUGUAGGAGGGAGAGAGAGAGAGACGGCGGAGGGCUGAGGUCAAAGCCUGUAGCCAGGGCAGGCCACCAGCGGCCAAUCAGAGCGGAGGUCAGGGGGCAGGCGGGAACACCUCCUCCAACGGGACCAUGGGCCGCUGACGCGGGAACCGGCACUAUGUCCACAGGCUCCGGGCCGCAGGAGACGGUCGGGGAGGGCGGGGCGAGCGGGUCCGGCCCGGUGGGCCUGCAGACGCUGCUGGACCUACUGGUGGGCGUGUACCAGGAGUUCCGCGCCUCGCCGCUCGCGCAGGAGAAGUACGUGUGUGGCUUCCUGAAUUGGGCUGAGCCAUUUGUGAGGCAGGUGAAGAAGACUCGUAUCCAGCGCGAUGACUUUGACGUCCUCAAAGUGAUUGGCCGAGGAACCUUCAGUGAGGUGGCGCUGGCACGCAUGCGUGAGACACAGCAGAUUUAUGCUCUAAAGAUCAUGAACAAGUGGGACAUGCUGAAGCGUGGAGAGACAGGGUGUUACCAGGAAGAACGGGAGGUGCUGGUGAAAGGCGAUCGCCGCUGGAUCACCGAGCUGCACUACGCCUUCCAGGACGACAACUACCUGUACCUGGUGAUGGAUUAUUACGUUGGUGGUGACCUGCUGACCCUGCUCAGUAAAUUCGGGGACCGGAUCUCAGAGGAUAUGGCCCAAUUCUACCUGGCAGAGUUGGUGAUGGCCGUGGAUUCCAUCCAUAGGCUGGGAUAUGUACACAGGGACAUCAAACCAGACAACGUCCUGCUCACCGCUGAUGGCCACAUUCGCCUGGGCGACUUCGGCUCCUGCCUGAGGCUUCAGGAAGAUGGCAUGGUUUUCUCGUCGCUGGCGGUCGGCACGCCGGAUUACCUGUCCCCCGAGAUCCUGCGAGCCGUGGAGGGGGGCGGCGGCUAUGGACCAGAGUGCGACUGGUGGGCGGUGGGCAUCUGCGCGUACGAGAUGCUCUUCGGAACCACGCCCUUCUAUGCAGAGAGCAUCUCGGAGACGUAUGCCAAGAUCAUCCACUUCAAGGAGUACUUUGAGUUCCCGCUGUCGGGCCCCGAGGUCUCUGCUGAGGCGCGCUCACUCAUCGAGGGUCUGAUCUGCGAACGGGAGGAGCGCCUGGGUGCCGGCGGCUGCGGAGACUUCCGGAAGCACCCCUUCUUCUCUGGCCUGGACUGGGGCUCUUUGCACCGCCAACCGGCGCCGUUCCUGCCCGAGGUGUCCAAUCCCACGGACACCUCCAACUUCGACGUCCUCGAUGACUGCCUCAGUGAGAUGGAGACGCUGUGUGAUGUCAUGGACCGGGCUCCUGUGGGGGUUCACCUGGCCUUUGUGGGCUACUCCUACACAGCCACGAGAGAGACAGGGGCGGUGGAUCGGAGUCAUGACAUCAUGAUGGAGAUUGACUGGCAGGCAGUCGGAGACUGCAACACUCUGAGAUUCCAGGAGAAACUGAGUCCGGUAUGGCAGCUUAGGGAGAGUCCCAGUGCUGAGCUGCCGGCGCUGCAGGUGCUCCCCCUGCUGGCCGUGCCAGGAACAGCAGGUGCUGUGUGUGGCGGCGACAAGGCACAGAUAAACAUGGUGUGGAGUGACGACCUGCACAGGAGGCUUCGGGAGGCGGAGAAGAGGAACGGGGAGCUGGAGCGGGAGAUGGCGACGCUGCGGGAGGAGAUCGAGAGCCUGUGCAUCAAGGACGACGCAGAGCUGAAUGUCUGCCGCCCCCACCCCGGUCCGGAGCCUACGGUUGACACUAACUCCCCACCUCCUCCACCUCCAGGCAUCAAAGCCCAGCAGCUGAGCUCCUCCUCGCCCAGUACGCACCCCCCAGCAGAUUCUGUGUGGGAGGACGACGGCGCCUCCUGUCUGCUGUCGCCCGCUAGUGAUCCCUCCACACUGACUCCCGCUGCUCUUCCACAGGGUGAAGUGGCCUCAGGUGACCUGUGAGGGCUACCUGUUGGUGUGCAGAGGUGGGGGGGGGGACAUUCUGUGCCUGGAGGAGGCUGUGCAGUUGAGACAUCUCUUAACCCCUCUCCUCACACUGGGGGCACCUGUCGAUCCCUCCAUCUCACCUAGC